CGAGCCCUCUGCCGCCGCUUUUUUGCCUGCCUCGCACCGCCGCCGCCCCCUCUCCCUCUCUUCUAGAUUUCUCCAGUCGAUCUGCCUGUGUCCGUCUUUACCCACGCUUCUAGAUCAACAGCUUCUGGUAUCUUUCGGCGAGAACCUCCCUACCGCUAGGCCAUCUGAAGAUUCUGAUAAUUGGAGGCUUACAAUAUUUUUUGCGCAGGUGACAUUAUGAGUCGUAGGUAUUUGAAUCUGAUAGUGCACGACUUCAGUAGUCGCAUCUAUUCGCUGUGCCGCAUCGAUGUCCGCAAGCACCUCUUCUACGAAGACUCUGAAAUGGCACAACGAGCAGCACACCCCGCAGGAGAGAAGUUGAAGAACAUUCGUGGAGUGUUGGCAGCGAUGGGCGGCUGGAAAAGAUUACCUCCGCCGGCAAUAAAUUUCCAGGCAUCGCCCAGUAUCGUAAACAAGACUUCGGUGCAUUUGUUCGCUUUACUGGGAGGGGAGAGCAACAUCCUUUACUCUGACAAUAAUUGUCAGACCACACUCUGCAACAUUGACUUGAAAAUCGUCGAUCCCUUCGCUCCUCCCAAUUCAUGCAAGAGUGCAAAUGCCAUCAGUCUCCCCAUAACCCAGGCCCAUCUUGAACCUCCCUCAUUGUACGUCUUGGAUCUCCCCUCCACUCCCAGAACCGCUUGCUCCUUUGAGGUCCUCUCGCUCCGCGAGAACAAACCGGCUCUUCCUAGGGAAUGGAGCUGGGAAAUUCUGCCGCUGCCACCAUUUUUCUGCAAUCGAAAAAUAGCCCCCGACUUGUAUUCUUAUGCUGUGGUUAAUGGUUCUACCAUAUGCAUUUCAUCUCUGAAUCAGACUAUAGGCACCUACACCUUUGACACAGUGAGCAAGGAAUGGAGCCAAGCUGCGCGCUGGGCACUGCCCUUCUUUGGCAAAGCUGAGUUUGUCCCUGAGCUCAACCUCUGGUUUGGCCUCUCAGCCUGCAACCCCUUCUCCAGCUUAUGUGCUGUCGAUCUCUCUGGAGUAGACUCUGGGCAGUCAGCAAAGUUGCAGCAUACAUGGGAUUAUCUUGAUCUGCCUGAGGACGAGCCGUGGUUGCCAUCCCAGCUGCACCUGUUCAACCUUGGCUUAGGCAAGUUUUGUGUUGCCACCUUCUUCGGGACCGAGUUGCGCACCUGUGAUAUGUCACCCUAUUCUACAGAUUCAGAUUAUGAGGACACAUAUGGAAGGGAGUUUGCUGUCUUCACCGGCCUGGAGGUGAAGCGCAGAAACGAUGGUGAGGGUCCUCUCCAGUUGAUCAGGCACAUGUCCAAACGUUUCAGCAUUGGAAGCCGUAACAUCGAGUGUGUGCUCUAAAGAAUAUUUUGUUUGUCGCCUGGCUGGUGAUCCUUGCACAGCCGCAGCAGCUCGAGGUUAAUUACAACUAGUUAUACUGUGAGCAAAGUUCAAAAAAGCGCUAGGCGCUAAUUAUGCGUUUGGGCACCUACUUGCGCUUUUCUAGCUUAGGCGUGAUUAGGCGAAAUUAGGCGCAAUUAGGCGUUAGUACUGUAACGUGAAGAAAUAAGCUAGAUGGGCUGGGCUAGCCCACUAAACCA